GUUCAUUUAAGCAUUGUGUUCUGGUACAGACUGAUCAUAGGAGCUGUCACCAUGUCUGGGUUUGGAGACAUCAUAAGUGCUCUGGGGGAGUUUGGGCUAUUUCAGAAAUGGCUGGUAGUGCUGCUCUCCCUCCCCGUCCUUUUGACUGCUUUCCAUAUGCUUGGCCAAGUGUUCAUGUCAGUGGACGUGCCCCAUUACUGCAACACCAGCUGGAUCCGGGCGGUCGACCCCAACCUGACUGAGGACGAGCAGCUGAACCUCACUGUCCCCUGGAGCACGAGUGGGGCAUACGAACAGUGCUCCACAUAUUCACCUGUGGACUGGGACCUUGGGCCUUGGACCUUGGACCUUUAGGCCAUCGUGGUGUAUGGCCUAAAUGCCACGCAGAACUGCAGCAACGUCUGGGUGUACCCCUCUGCACAAAUGCCAUCCCUGCUGACCGAGGUCUGUAAUUGCCUUCUGACGCUCUGGGGACCUGGAAGCGAUAGGCCACCCAAAUGGCCACCCUGUCCUGUACUUUAGUCUGUGCCAUUGACAGCCGUAGGGUGGCCAGGCUGAGAUUUACCUCAGCCAUAUUUUGGAGACCUUGGCUCCAUCUCCCAUUGCCCAGAUGUGGCCCCCCAGGAGGUUGUAUGCAAGCAGGCCAAGACAUAUAUAGAUGUCAAGCAGGGCCACAGGCCUAGCCGGUGAGUCCAAUGUGUGCUCUGCACACCAUCUCCCCCUAUGCCAGCAUCCAGGCCCUUGGUGCACCAAGUGUGGAGGAACCUUGUGGAUGUCCCUGCUCCAGCCACCGCUCUGCAGCCUGGAGGUACCAUUCCAGCUUGUCCGUCCCUGAGUACCACUUUGUGCUUCAGACACCCUGGCUGGGGGCUGAGGGGAGGGUCAGUGCUUGAUUUCAGCUCCUAUGCGGUGGCGGGUACUGUCAGAAUGUGUGACUGUGUGAUGAUGACCUCAGCAUCUCAGUGCAGUGACUGCAGCUCAGGGCUGUCUCAAGCAGCCUGGGUUCCUCAUUGCUGUGCACUUUGUGUGGAGGUACCAAGUUUGACAAGGAGAGGAGAUCUUGCAAAGCCACCCACUUGGGGGUUACCAGAAACCUCAGCAACGCCAACAAGCUCCACCGAGUAGUGCUAAAUUGUACUUUAUUUCAGCACUUUGUCAUCUCUGUAAAUUUCCUAUAUAGCCUCUUCCCUGGGAAUCUUUUCCUAUAGAUGCUUUCGAGAUGCAGGCAGCUACAGAACAGCUUUCCAA